AUGUCUACCACCCGCGAGUUCGAUCCUAACUUCACGCCCUACGUGGUCAACGCCAUGGGCCCCAAGACGCCUGAGCGUGCGCGUGUCGUUCUCGGUUCUCUGAUCAAGCACAUCCACGAGUUUGCCCGCGAGGUCGAGCUCACCCCAGCCGAGUGGAUGCUCGGUGUCGAGUUUAUCAACUCCAUCGGCAAGAUCAGCACCCCCAUUCGCAAUGAAUGCCACCGCAUUUGCGACGUCAUUGGUCUUGAAUCCCUCGUCGAUGAGAUCGCCAACAAGAUCGUCACCGAACAGGGCCUUUCCCCGACCUCCAACGUUAUCCUCGGUCCUUUCUGGUCGCCCAACGCUCCCUUCCGUGCUCUCGGCGACAGUAUCAUCCAAAACCCAAACCCUGAGGGCAAGAUCACCUACAUGCACGGCAUCCUCAAGGACCUGGAAACCGGAGUCCCCAUCGAAGGCGCCGUCCUUGACAUCUGGCAGGCCUCGGCCAACGGAAAAUACGAUUUCCAAGACCCAGCACAGACCGAGAACAAUCUCCGGGGCAAGUUCAAGUCGAAUGCCAAGGGAGAGUUUGACUGGUACUGCUACCACCCGACUCCUUACUCCCUGCCAACCGAUGGCCCUGCCGGUGUGCUCCUCAACCUGAUGGACCGCUCGCCAAUGCGUCCUGCCCACAUUCAUCUCAUGAUCACACACCCCAACUAUGCCACUAUCAUCAACCAGAUCUACCCUAGCGACGACCCUCAUCUGGACAUUGAUUCCGUCUUUGCUGUCAAGGAUGAUCUUGUUGUUGAUUUCAAACCAAGAACUGGCGACCCCAAGGCUUCGCUUGACCUCGAAUACAACGUCAAAAUGGCCCUGAAGAAGCACCACCCCAACCCCAACUCAGCCCCUCCUGUUUCUUCAUUCGAGCGGCAUAGCAAGUCCAGUCAGAAGCUUUGA